GUCCUUCCUAUGCAUCUGCCAACUUCACUUGCUCUCCUCUCCUCUUUAUCCUUUGGUUUUCCCCUUAUUAUCUGUUUUCCCUUCAGAUUCUAUCCAAAUCUCUCCAAAAUCUAAGUUUGUUGAUAUAUUAUAAACCCAUCACCAUCUAUCCAUACACACAUGGCUAACAACAAAAAGCAAGCAGGAGGUUCUUCUUCAUCAACCAUGAAGUUUGACCAUCUUUUUGGCCCCAAGGACUCCUCCUCCACUACAUCUUCCUCCACCGGCCUCUUUGGCUCCAUCUUUCCACCUCCGCCUUCUGUUGGGGGUAGAGAAUCAAGAAUGCAAGAAGUGGGAGCACCAGGAACUCAGACCAAUAAAAGUGAAAGCAGCAGUCGCAUCAGUAACAAGAAUACUAGUACCAAUUAUCAGAAUGAGACUGUGGAGCCUAGCUACUUCAGCUCUUCUAUCUACUAUGGUGGUCAAGAAAAUUAUUCCCCAAGAAGCAGGACCACUCAACCCCACCAUGUUUUCAAGAAAGAUAAGGAUGAUGGUGAUUCCAAUAGUAACGACUCAAACAGCGCUGCAAGAGGGAACUGGUGGCAAGGUUCCCUUUAUUAUUAACAUCGCACUACGUAAAAAAUAAAAACAGCAUCCUGCAGACCAGGAUGAAGAUCGACCACUGGCGGUGUAGUCUAUACCCUAAUUAACUAUAUGGAAAUAAGUCAUGGGUAGGGCAUAUAUCCUACAAAGUUUAGUACUCUUUUGUCCACAUAUUGGGUCCUUUUUUGUCCCAGAUAUCUGGCUAAGUACUCCACAGCAGUCAAAUCGCGACAGCAGCUUGGGGCCAAAAUUAAUUACUACCAUUUGCUUUGUAUUAAUUUUAUUUUAUAUUUGUAACCUUGUAGGCUUUUGCUUUAUUAUAAUAUGAUGUGAUCCCGUUCUAUGACUAGUAAUAAUAUGGCCUUGUGCUUUCUUUUGAGCAUA